AUGACAUUAUUUACGAUGGACACACCAGACAUUGAGUCUAGUCCAACGCCAGCGGUGAAGAAUCUACUAUCCAGAUUUGAAUCACUUGCCAUGGACAAUUCCGCUACUGCGUCUCACCGUAAAUCACUGCAAAUACCGAUCCAAACAUCUCCUGCUAGAGCUCCUUCAGACGCUUCGAGCUCCUCAGUCUCUCCUGGUCUUCGUACAGUCUCAUCUUCUUCCAGUCUCAAAUCCAGCACAAGUGACACGAAUGUCAGUACAAAACGCCCGCCGCCUCCACCGCCGCCUCGAUCGACUCGGUCAUAUUCUAGAGGACUUUCUGCUGCCCCUCCGUAUCCUUCCGUCUCUCCGUUGCUUCGACCUGUCCCCAUUCCAAAUGUUUUGAAUACUUCAGUCAACCGAGCUCCGCAGCAUGGAUUACCGCCUUCGCCGAACGUAUCCAUUAAUGAAAAUGAACACGAGGAAGGAUUGACACUGACGUUCGGAGUUUCUAUGCUGAGGAGCAAAUUUCUGAAUGUCGCAUCCAACACGCCGUCUCGCCCAAUAACUCAUUCACCAAAGCCAAGCAUAUCGUCAACGAUAGACCAACCAUUAGCGCCCCCUCGUGUCCACACAUCCUCCGAACCUCUCAUUUCGUUUGAUAGUCCCGGGGAAUAUCACUCGCAGUCAUCCUCUAAUUCGAUGUCUGACUUGGAUGAUCCAUUCUCUGAAGAUAUCACAGAUAGUUCUAUGGACGAUCCAGAUUCAUUAACCACCGCAGUAGGUCCUCCGCUAGGAAGCCUCAAGCCUCAUCAUCACCAUCAUCACCAAGAAUCAACGUCUCGCUCGAGCCGAAACUCGAGCGAGGGUGAUUCUGGUCAAUUAUUUUCAUACAAUGGUUCUGCGUCUUCUUCCCAGUCCUCUAUUCCACCUCCUCGAUCGCCACCACAACCCCGGGCGUUGGCUUUACCUGAGCCGGAGGUUUUCAUAUCUUCUUCGAACUGCUUAAAUACGCCCCCAUCUUUGCCUGUUCGUCGCUCUACUGUGGCUCAGGCCGAAGACUUGGCUGUUCCAAGGACUCCACGACCCUCCGCCUCCGCCCGUCUAGCACCUUUACCACCACAUAGUUCCCAUCCUUCUACGAAUCAUUUUGCUCAUGUAUCAGUAUCAGACUUGAACCAUCCUCCCUGCAGUGCUCCUACAACCUUCGAACGUAAACCCUUUGGUAAACUUCCUCCUCCCCCCACGCGGACGAUCGCUUUGGGGGACAAAUUGCCUCCUCAACGUUCGAACAAUGCUGAAGGAGCAGCCAGCGGUGAUUCCGACGAAGACGAAUUGGGUGAUGAAGAUGAUGACAAGGGCUCGGGUACGGACCUGCUGCCAGACACUACUCAUGCGUCCCGUCGACCACCAUAUCUAAUAACACCUCACGAUGGGGAUCAUGGAGCUUAUCCAACACAACCAUGUAAGAUCGCUGUACCUGCUCACACCGGGCAUCUCGCUAUGAGCGGUGUUUACGUUGUUGUGGGGAGUACGCACCACAUUCGACUUUACAAUACCAAUUUAUCACAAGAAGUACCCGCAAAGAGCAUGGACACGAAGGAUUUUGGAAUCAAAGAUGGAAAAAUCACUGCGAAGGAGGGGCAUAUCUUCGAGGUUGAUGUCCGAAACGGAGAUUUGCUCGGCGUCAAGCACUGUGCGCAUAUGAAUCCCAUUCUGUAUCUUUUCCGUUACGCCGGCUCGAUGAUUUCCGUUGAUGAAGUCGGUAAAGUUCUCAUAUGGUCUUCGGAUCCGUCCACUGGAGACAUCAAGCUUCUUCAUCAUACUCCACGUGUGAUGCGCACCACGGACAAACUUGAUUUCGCCAUGGAGUCUGAGCAGCAUGGGGCUGGAACACUGGCAAGGACACCCAUUAUUCGAUUGUAUGACUUGUUCAACCCCGCUUCCACGGGAAAAACGGUGAUGCCUACAGAGCAUGUUGGUCCCGUAACGAGUGCAACGAUUGUGCCCACCCACCCGGAACAUGUUUACUUCGGACACGAAGAGGGAUAUAUCACUAUCUGGUCCCUGGAAGAUGUAGCAACCGGGGGAGCAUAUCCGAGAUGCAUCGAGGUCAUGAAAGUUGCUUCCACUGAUGUGACCAGCCUAGAGGGAAUCAACGACAGACUGUGGCUUGGCGGAAGGAACGGAAUGAUUACUGCGUAUGAUAUCGUUCCUCGACCUUGGAUAGCGACAAAUUCGUGGGCGGCGCAUCCCGGAUUACCUGUGUUGCAGAUUUCCGCAGAUCCGUUCGGAAUCGAGAAAUACAGAAGACUGGGUGUGGUCAGUGUCGGUCGGGACGAACGCGUAGGGCUUUGGGACGGGUUGUUGGCGCUAAAUUGGCAGGACACGGAGUUACAGAAACACGAACAGUCAUACAGUACCUUCAGGGAACUGAAAGUUCUCAUAAUCUCGUGGAAUUGUGACUCUGCGAAACCGGAUUCCCUGCAUGGUCAUCCUCCAAAUAUCAACUUCUUCCAUGAUGUACUCAACAGCGUCGACAGGCCAGAUAUCAUAUCGUUUGGGUUCCAGGAAGUCAUCGAUCUGGAAUCGAGGAAGAUGGCGGCGAAGAACAUGUUGAUGUCUGCCAGGUCCGAUGCGAGGGGGAGAAAAGAUGAGGGAACGCUUUUGGGUCUUUCGGAUAAAGUGACUGGGGCUUAUAAGAGGUCGUACGAUGCGUUGGUGUUGGCUGUGAAGCUUGCAAUGCCUCCAGACUGUCCGUACUCAGUCGUUCACACAGAGAGCAUGGUUGGGCUCUUUACGUGUGUCAUUGUGAAAAAUACAGAGAAGGCGGCGGUGAAGGAUAUUGCUAUUAAUACUGUGAAACGAGGAAUGGGGAGGAGGUAUGGUAACAAGGGCGGAAUUUUGUCUCGGUUCCUCAUCGACGAUUCGUCUCUUUGUUUCGUCAACUGUUAUCUUGCUGCUGGCCAACAUGCUGUCCGCGCCCGCAACGCUGACGCUGCUGGUAUGCUCGAACAGCAACUUAUUUUUCCUCCUGUCGCGGAGCAUCUGGCAUUUGUCGGUGGUGGCGAUGGUUCAAUGGUUCUUGACCACGAAAUUGUCUUUCUGUGUCGUAUUAUUACUACGUCUCAUCUCGACUUUGAAGCUAAUUUUCUAUCAUAGAUCAAUGGAGAUAUGAACUAUUGAAUCGACUAACGCCGCGACGCUAUAACUGCUGCCGUUCGUGCCAAUGAACAUGAAACCCUAUUUGCCCACCACCAGGUUCUGAAAGAAACCAAAUUCAAACGUGGUUUCCGUUUUCGUUUCUUCACCGAAGGACCCAUUACUUUCGCUCCAACGUACAAAUACGACCGUCGUUCAGAUGUAUACGAUACAUCCGAGAAACGUCGUGCUGCAGCAUGGUGUGACCGUGUGUUGUGGCGGUCGCGUGUACCGUCCCGAGUGAAAUAGCUGCAUUAUCAAAGAUAUGAAGUCAAUGUCUCUGAUCAUCGUCCGAUCCCUGCUGCGUUUGACAUAUCGGUGAAGAGGGUCCGGCAUGAGAUUAGGCAGAAGAAGAAAGCGGAGGUGCAGAUGCAGUGGACGGGAUUACAUGAGGGG